ACCAACAUUUUAUUUUUAUUUUUAGACUAUAGUAUAUACUCACUCACACACACACACACACUAAAUAUCCUUUUACUUCACUGAGUCUCUCAUCAUCAUUCAUCACCAUGAAAACCCAUCACCAGCACCACCCAAAGCUCAAAACAUCAUCAUUUUCUUGUGGCUUCUUUCGUGGUUGUACUCAGUCAGUUCUCAGCCCUACUACCACCACCACACCCACCCUCCCCAUUCAACCCGCCCCACCUCCGCCUCCGGCAACCUCAUCGGAAUCUCCUUCUUCGUCUUCAAACACGAAUUCACAGAGUUUUACUCAAUGGAGAUUUCCACUACCAACUUCACCAAACAUCUCACGCACUAACAACAACAAUGUUGUUUACUCAAGAGAGACCAUGCAAAUUACUAACAUUGCCCCUCCUGUUUUGUACACUAAUUUGGAAGAACUAUUCCACGUGGCCGAAUUACAGCUCACUACUUGUUCUGAUUUGGACAAGGUUAAGGCAAUGUACUUGUUGGAGCAUUCACUCGUUCCGAAUCCGAUGGGAAAUACAGUGGCUUGCCCCGAUACAGUAAUGAGAGGGGUAGUGGGGUGUCUAAAAGACACUAGAGUAGCAAAAUCAGCAAGUAAAGUAUUAUUAGCACUUUGUUUGUCGGAGAAUAACCGACACGUGGCAGUCGAGGUGGGAGCUGUCGGGGUAGUGGUGGACAUCUUGUCGGAUAUGGAAUUGGCGGCGGCGGAGAGGUCGUUAGCGGCGUUGGAAUUGCUGUGCAUGGUGGAGGAAGGGGCGGCGGAGGUGAGGACACACGCGCUUGCGGUGCCCAUGAUGGUGGAGGUUAUGGGGAGAAUGGAUGGGAGCAGAGGGAAGGAAUACGCAAUAAGCGUUUUGGCGGUGAUAUACGGCGGAGGCGCCUGUGAUGGUGUAGCAGUAUCCGCUCCGCCGGAGGAGGUGGCGCGUGCGGUGAUGUUGGCUUUGCAAGGUGAUUGUAGUGCUAGGGGGAGGAGAAAGGGAGCUCAGCUUCUUAAGAUCCUUCAAAAUUACGGACGGGUCGACCCGACCCGGGAUGAAGAAGAAAUGGAGCCCCGAGUCGUUUAAUUUGAUUAUAAUAAACCUUGUUUUAUUUUAUAAUGUUUAAUGGAUUAAGUAAUGCUUUAUUAUUUUAGCAAA